ACAGUGAGUAUUUUGUAGAAAGAUGGAAGUAAAGUAUCUGAAAAGUAAAUGAACUCACUUUGUCUAAACAGCGAUGAUUUUUGAAUUUAUGAGGUCAGGACGCUUCAGCGCUGUGUGACGUCCGUAACGUUUUAAAGCUACAUAUUAAUGCAAUUAACUUGAAACUUAAUGUACAAUGCCAACUUAUGGCCAUACAAUUUAUUUUGUAUCAUUGCAUAUUAAAAUAAUUCACUAUGUUAUGCAGAUGCACAAUGUGAAACUGUAAUCUAAAGAGAGAAAGAAAUGUGAUUGCUGCAGUUACUGUGGAGUAACAGAAACAGUUAUUACACUGAAGCGUACAGAGAAAGAAACCAACUUGUGGAAAAAAUAAGAGAUAUGGAAAUUAGUGUCUUUUCAGUAAAACUAUAUUUCAGAAUGCACAGAAACACCUAUUUGAAAGAUACGGGUUUAAUUAACAGGAUAUAAUUUUUUUUUGAUUUGUUGUGAUUUUUCUUCACGAUCAGUUUUGAAAAGUUUACAGAGUGGAGUAUCCUCAGCGAGGCAAGAUAUAGUAAAUGAAAUUUUACAAGUAAUAUUUAGAAUCAAACAAUUAGGAACAGAGGUUUGUUUUCUGUGGGUCCCGGCACAUGUUGGCGUGAAAGGGAAUGAAGAAGUGGAUAAAUUGGCAAAGGAGGCUCUAAAGCAUCAUGAGAUUGAUCUUAGCGUAAAGUUGAGUAAAAGCGGAAGUCAAGGGGAUAAUUGGAAUUGAAAUGAAAAAGCAGUGGCAGAUGAAAUGGGAUAAUGAAAUAAAGGGAAGGCAUUUGCACAAUUUACACAGAAAAGUAGGGGUGGAAAGAAGAAGAAUUAAUGACAGGGAAAAAGAUGUGCUAUGGACUAGAUUGCGAAUUGGACAUUCAGCAUUAAAUCACAAUCUGUAUAAAAUAGGGAAACCGGAAACUGUGAUAGGUGCGGACACUUGGAAACAGUGAAUCAUGUAUUAUUAGAGUGUACAACAUAUAACAGAGAGAGAAUAAAAUUAAUCCAGUCAUUGAAAGAUGGUGGUAUAAACAAUUACUCACUUAAAGAAUUAUUAGGUGAUGGAAUAAAUCAUAGAAUUCAAAAUGAAGUAUUUAGAUUUUUAAAUGACACAGAACUAGUGAACAGAAUCUAAGGAAAUGUGAUUAUUUUUAUUAGGUAAGGUGUUACUUGUUAUUUAUUUAUUUUUUCUGAGAAUCAGUUUUCACCAAGUAGUGCUCCAUACUCCAAUCCAGUAGGUGGCGGAAAUGCACCUUACAGUUGGUUUGCCAACCGCCAGUUAAACAGCAGAAGAAGAAGAGCAUCGAGAUCUGCAGAAACUCUGUAAAAUAAUAAUAAUAACUGACAGAAAACAGCUGAAAGAGUGAACUUGAAGACGAGGCGGAGACUCGAGGAAAAGAGGAGCAGUGAAUUAACUUACCUAAGAUAUUGAAUUCUUGUCUUGAUCUGAUGGAAGAGAAGAAGGUGAUGGAGGAACUGAUGGAAGCAGGGAAGAAACAUCAAGACAUUUGCCCUCAGUGUGGAAAGAGUUUCUCAUGCGAACAAAGUCUUAAUCUUCACAUAAAAUUUCAUAAGGAAAUGAAGCCGUACGAAUGUGACUGGUGCGAUAAGAUUUUCACACUUAAAGGAAACUUUAAUGAACACAUGAAAAUCCACGCUGAAGAGAAGCCACACACAUGUGAUCAGUGCGGGAAGAAGUUCAGACUUAAAGGAAACCUUAAUACACACAUGAGAAUCCACACUGGAAAGAAACCCUUCACAUGUGAUCAGUGCGGGAGGAAGUUCAGACAUAAAGGAAACCUUAAUACUCACAUGAGAAUCCACACUGGAAAGAAACCCUUCUCAUGUGAUCAGUGUGAUAAAAGUUUCAUACAAAAAGGACAGCUUAAUGAACACAUGAGAAUCCACACUGGAGAGAAGCCCUUCACAUGUGAACAGUGCGGGAAGAGUUUCAGAAAGUCAAGUGCUUUCAAAGUACAUUUGCUCACUCAUUCUAGAGAAAGACUAUAUAACUGUGACCAGUGCAGUAAAAGUUUUUUUAGGGCAGAUUUCCUGAAGGACCACCUGACAGUUCAUACACAGGAGAGGCCUUACGUAUGUUCUUUGUGUGGAAAGAGUUUUAGACUGAUGGGUAAUUUAAAAACACAUCAGAAAAGACACAGCGGCGUGAAGGAUCAUAUUUGCUCUGAGUGUGGAAAGGCUUUUUUUUCAGUUUAUGCACUGAAGAAGCACCAGACAGUUCACACCGGAGAAAAACCUUACCAGUGUUCACACACUGACAAGACAUUCACCAGGGUUUCCGCAGGGUCUUAAAGUCUUAAAUUGUAUAAGAAAGUCUUAAUUAUGAUUUCAAGAGGUCUUUAAAUUUGGAGAAGGAAAGACCAGAGUUGAGAUAUGGCUGAAUGUGACGAUUACAUUUCAAAAGGCUAUGAUUUCAUUAAAUAAACAUGAGCGCUGAAAGUUCAAAGUCCGGUGCUGCGCUGCUUUGUGUUCUGCCUUUACCAGGAAAACUGUUAUAUUUCUGCCAAACGCGACACCUGCUGGCAGAGAAUGAAUCAGUUAACACAAGUAAAACUAGUGUGCGUACGAGUGCCUUUUUUCACUGCACGAUUCAGUUGAUUAAAAUGCAUUUAGAAUGAUCACAUAAUUUAAGAUAUGGGGGCAGAAAAUGUAUAGCCUAUAUUUAUAUCAUUUCAUAUAGUUAAUAUCACAGGAAGAGUGCCGUUUUUUCUCCAAAGUCAGCAUGAUUACAAAUGUGAUAUUUAUUUUAUGCAACAGUUCAAUAAACAAGAAAUUAAUAUUAAGAGACUUACGUUUUAUACACCAUAUUUCCUGCUUUUGCUCUAUUUCUCCAACAAAAAUAAUUCCAAACACGGCCACAGCGCUGUUUUACGUCUCUGAGCAACAUGAAGGUGAUUCGUUCCUGAAUGAAUCAACAGUUUAAAUGAUUCGGUUCAAUCGCAAUGACUCGCUUAUUAACAAUGAUUUGCUGCCACCUACUGGCAGUUUUAAUUUCACAUUUAAAGUAUCUUCAUUUUUUUAUGUUUUCGUGCCAUGACUUCACCUUUUAUGUUUCAAAUAUCAAAAUAUUAUUUAUGCGUCUGUAACUGUAGUAGGGGUGUAACGACUACCGAUUCUCCGGCACGGAGAAAACAGAAAUUAAGUCUAUAAUAGGACCACACAAAAUAUAUAAUAGACUAUAAUAUAAUUAACAGAAAAAAGGGAAAAAACUGUGCAACAAGUAGGCUAUAGGCUACCUUUGUUUUUGUGACACUCUUAAUGCAUUUUAUUUCUUUCCUUUAUAUCUUUGAUUUUAUUCCUCGGCUCGCGUUGGCGCUUCUCGCACUCACAAACAACAUUAGUUCUAGCGUUGCUUGACAUUUCAGCUAUUCAUCAUUAAACUAAAAUGUAGUCAACCAAAUGUAAAAGUUACACUGUUUAUUUUAAAAGGUCUGCUGUGAAAUCAGCGUGCAGUGCCAAAACAAACAUUUUUACGCAUGUGAAG